UGCCCCGAAACCCCCCCUCCCACCCCGGAGACCCCCGACGCCCCCCCAAAAUCGGAUUCGGGGCCGUUCUCGGUGGUCGACACCUUCCUGAGCGCCCCCGACAUCCUCCCCCGCCACUGCCUGGUGCAGGCCGGGGCGGGGGGCGACCCGGGCGGGGACCCCCCCUCGGCCACCGUGCGGCCUUUUCGGGGCGCCCCCGCCACCCUCAACGGGUCCCCGCUGCUCCGCCGGGCGCCCCUCAACCCCGGCGACCUUCUGGGGCUGGGGGAGCACGUCCUGCUGCUCUACAAAGACCCCCGGCUCGGGGAGGGCGCCCGGCCGCCGUGGGUGCCGGCGCCCCGCGCGGCCCCGGGGCUGCUGGGGGUCCUGGGGUGCGCGGGCUGCGGGAGGAGCCCCCGCGAGCGGCGGGACGCGCUGCGGGAGGCCCUGGAGAGCCCCCGGGCCGAGCUCCGCUACCGGCCCCAGGACGAGGGGACGCUGCUCAGGGACAUCCUGGACAUGGAUCUGGGCGGGGGUCCCGGCGGGGAGGCUGGGGAGGGGUCCCCCGGGGGGGAUUCCGGGGAGGAUUUGGGGGUCCUGGCCCCCGCCUUCCUGCUGGGGCUGUGCCUGGACCACGCGGCCCGAGAGUUCCCGGCGGGACAUUUCCCCGAGCUGCUGGGCAAGGUGGCCGGGAUGCUGCGGGAGACGGUCUGGGAGAAGAUCAAGGAAAUUGGGGACAGGCAGCCGGAGAGCCCCCCGGACGGGGACCCCCCGCCCGCGCUGGACCUGGCCGGGGUCAGCUCGGACCUGCGGCCGCUGCUGCUCUGGCUGGCCAACGCCGUGGAGCUGCUGAACCUGGCCCAGGGCCACCUGCAGGGCCUGGAGCGAGAGCUGGACAUCGAAGGGCCGUGCCCGGAGCUGGAGCGGGACCUGGAGCGCUGUGACGAGGCCCUGGGGGUGCUGGACGAGGUCAUCAUGUCCACGUUCCAGCAGAGCGUCUACUACCUGACCAAGACGCUGUACUCGGCGCUGCCCGCCCUGCUGGACACCAAAUCCCCCCCAAAUCCCCCCAACCCCCCCCGAGCCCGCUUACCGCAUUCAUUGGGGCAAUAA